AUGGACCGAAAGCCUUUGGCUCCUGCGGACGGCAAAGUCAACAUUGAGAGCGUUGAUGAUUUGGUUCCAUUGCUGGCCAAGAAGCUUCAUGUCUCGGAGCCACCGCCUCCCAACAAGAGCAACAAUGAAGACGUCUUGUUGGAUGAAGAAGACGAUCACCCCAAUGUGUCGAAUGUAAAGGUGGAUUGGGAGAAAGAACGCGACGAAAUGGAUAAGAUGUUUGAAGAGCAAGCAGCAAAACAACUGGAUGGCCUUCCAGAGUUCGUCAAACCUCAGCGACUCAAGAAAAGUGUCAACGUCUUUGAACACCAAAAGGAAGGAAUUCGUUGGCUCCUUCACCAGGAAAUGAACCCUCGCGAGAAUCCUUUUGUCCGUCGCCGAACCCUCAAGAGUGGAGUUGUUGCCAUGUACGAUCGCCUCACCAAGCGUCGUAUUGGUGAAGCAUAUGAACCAUCUCGUGGAAGUAUCCUGGCUGACGACAUGGGGCUUGGUAAAACACUACAAACUAUCGCGACAAUUCUCUCCAACCCUCCCGACGACUAUCGGUAUGGCAAAAGUGUUGAUUCUGAUAUCCCAAUCUGCACUGUCAUUGUCUGUCCAAAGACUGUCAUUUCAAACUGGCUGGAGCAGAUUGACACCUUUGUGAAACCUGGGACCUUUCGCGUUCAAGUUUACACCGGAACUCCAAAACAGAGAUCCAAGAUCAUUGAAAAAGUACAGGACAAUGAGAUUGACAUUCUUUUGUCCAGUUACGAGACGAUUUCUGCAGAAUUCAAAGAGGACGCGAAGGACUACAAGAUCAACACAAUUCACGACGAGAAAACUGAAUUUCAUCGUAUUGUUUUGGAUGAAGCUCAAACAAUUCGCAAUGGAAAAUCCAAGGUCUUCAGGGCAAUCACUUCGGUUGCUAACAAAUCUGACUUUCGCUUGGCGUUGACGGGGACCCCAUUUGUAAACAAGCCUGAUGAUAUCCAUUCAUUGUUGACCUUCAUUGGCUUGGAUCCUCUGGCUGAUGUCAAUACAUUCAAGCAGUACAUUACGGAUCCAAUCAAAGAUCGCAAGCGCGCGGGUUUGACUCGCCUUCGCGCCGCACUCGCAUACGUUGCAUUACGUCGUACGAAAAAUGCUUGUGGCGAUUCGGUCAAAUUGCCGCCCAAAACCAUCACUGUGCAGACUGUAGAUUUCCCAGAGGGCCAGCAUAAGGAGAUUCAUGACGCCCUCUUCUUCUCUGCUCGCAAGGCCUUUGAAGCCUCCAUCAACGGCAACGUCGAGAGCGAAACUGGUGUCACAAAGGUUGCGCAGAGUGCAAUGUUUGGCCUUUUGACUCGUGUCCGCCAGAGUUGUGCUAGUGGUGCCUUGGUCGCAGCUGGUCACUUUGAUGUGGCUCGUCAAGUCAUGGAGAUGGAAAAUCGCCAGGGCGAGGAAGGUGAUCGUGCGCUCGAUUUGCUUCAGUCUUCUGAUGCUUCGAAUGGUCAGCGUAUUCGAGUUGAACAGAACUCGCCCAAGAUUGCGGCUCUUUUGAAUGGAAUUGAAGCCAUGGCAGCAGAUGAAAAAGCAGUCAUCUUCAGCCAGUGGACAUCAUUUUUGGAUCUGAUCGAAGUCGCGCUCAACUCAACGGGACAUGAGCAUGAGUUUGUUCGCAUCGAUGGCUCCAUGACCACCGCACAACGAACCAAUUCGAUGGAUCGUUUGACAAAUGACGAGGGUUGCCGCUUCAUUCUUUGCUCGCUCAAAGCCGCAGGGGUCGGAAUCAAUCUCACCAGAGCCAAUGUUGUUUUCAUGAUGGAUCCCUGGUGGAACGACGCGACUGAGAUGCAAGCCAUUGACCGGGUCCAUCGUAUGGGUCAGCAGCGCCCAGUACGCAUCUACCGGCUCGUGAUGAGAGGAUCGGUUGAAGAGCGAAUGUUGGCUGUCCAGCGUGCCAAGGCAACAAUGGGCAAGGGGACUAUGAAGAAACUCUCUGCCUCCGAAGAGAAGCUCGCCAAGAUGACGGGCCUCAAAGAUCUUUUUCAAAUCAACGAGGAAGCUGAUGACAACUUCAUUGUUUGGGAGUAG